GGCUGGACGGGCUGAUGGAGCGCUGCGCCCAGUACAAGAAGGACGGGGCUGACUUCGCCAAGUGGCGCUGUGUCCUCAAGAUCUCCGAGCACACGCCCACGCGCCUGGCCGUGAUGGAGAACGCCAACGUCCUCGCCCGCUACGCCAGCAUCUGCCAGCAGAACGGCAUCGUCCCCAUCGUGGAGCCCGAGAUCCUCCCGGAUGGUGACCACGACCUGAAGCACUGCCAGUACGUGACCGAGAAGGUGCUGGCAGCUGUCUACAAGGCGCUGAGCGACCACCACGUCUACCUGGAGGGGACGCUGCUGAAGCCCAACAUGGUGACACCUGGCCACGCCUGCACCAAGAAGUACACCCCCGAGGAGAUCGCCAUGGCCACCGUCACCGCCCUGCGCCGCACUGUGCCCCCCGCCGUCCCCGGCAUCACGUUCCUGUCUGGAGGUCAGAGCGAGGAGGAGGCGUCCCUCAACCUCAACGCCAUCAACCGUUGUCCCCUGGCGCGACCGUGGGCCCUGACCUUCUCCUACGGGCGGGCGCUGCAGGCCUCGGCGCUGCGGGCCUGGGCCGGCAAGAAGGACAACACCAAGGCGGCCCAGGAGGAGUACGUCAAGAGGGCUCUG